ACAUUAUUUAUAUUAUAAAUUCGGGAUAAUAUUAUUUUUAUGCAUUUCAUUACACUGAGUGCCAAUUACAGAUCGAUAGUGGUCCACGGAGUGCGUCCAUAAUGUAUUAUUUUUUGUUAUUAUUUGUUCUAUCCUUGGUGAAUAUCUCGUCAUGUGAUCCAGAUAUAACUGGUUCCUGUCCCCCAAGCCUGCCAGUGGACGUUUGUGACGAAACAUGUAGAAGUGACAUUCCGUGCACCAAACCUAAGCAGAUGUGCUGUGCCACUGCUUGCGGAGGAUCCAUAUGUGUCGAUGCUAUGACUCAUAGGAAUAAAGUAGAUGAAGUGAAGCCAGGUCUUUGCCCAGAGAAACCCCGUGGUCCUUGGAUCUGCACAAAUAUGUGCACCAGUGACUCUGACUGCCGGCGGGUCCUCAAAUGCUGUCCCAACCGAUGUGGAGCAAACACGUGUCAGAAACCUGAAGCACAACCAUCAGAUAGAAAGUAAAUCUGUUUAAGGGUAGUUCUUCAGA